AUGGCUUCUCACGAGCCUGAGGGCUUCGAGUCAAUCACACCACAUCGCUCUCAGCCAUCUGAGGGUUUCCUCACAAAAAUUCUCAGUAAUGCAUCCGGCUUCUCAGAGAGGAAGAAGAGCAGGGCGUAUGAUGAUUCGGAGGAUGAGGCCCCAGGGAUCACAACGCAAGACUGGAAAAUGAUGCCAGAGUUGCAAGGUAUUCGGGAUCAGCAUGAGAAAGAUCAAGUCAAAGGUCGAAGACUGGGUGUAACGUGGAACAAUCUGACGGUGAAAGGAGUUGGAGCCGAUGCGGCUAUUAACGAGAACGUUGGGUCGCAAUUCAACAUUCUAAACGGAAUUAGAGAGAAGAAAAGCAAGGAUCCAUUAAAGACCAUCAUCGAUAACAGUCAUGGAUGCGUCAAGCCUGGAGAGAUGUUGCUCGUUUUGGGAAGACCUGGCUCUGGAUGUACGACACUUCUCAAGAUCCUCGCCAACCGGAGGAAUGGGUAUGCUGAAGUCACAGGAGACGUGCACUGGGGCUCGAUGGAUUCCGAACAGGCCAAACAAUUCCGAGGACAAAUUGUCAUGAACACAGAAGAAGAGAUUUUCUUCCCUACGCUCACAGUCGGCGAGACAAUCGAUUUCGCCACGAGGAUGAAGGUUCCAUUCCACCUUCCUUCGAAUAUUAAAUCACCAGAAGAGUUCCAGCAGGCUAGCCGUGACUUCCUCCUGCGGUCCAUGGGCAUCUCUCACACACACGAUACAAAAGUCGGAGACGAAUACGUACGAGGAGUCUCUGGGGGUGAGCGUAAGAGAGUUUCCAUUAUUGAGACUAUGGCCACUCGUGGAAGUGUCGUUUGCUGGGACAACAGCACACGUGGUCUAGAUGCUAGCACUGCGCUCGAAUACACCAAAGCUGUUCGUGCACUCACCGAUAUAUUUGGUCUGGCGUCUAUCGUCACGCUAUACCAAGCCGGUAACGGUAUCUACAACCUCUUCGAUAAGACGCUUGUUCUCGACGAGGGAAAGCAGAUCUUCUAUGGUCCAUUAAAGCAGGCACGCCCAUUCAUGGAGGAGGUUGGAUUCCACUGCACAGACGGAGCCAAUGUAGCGGAUUACUUGACAGGUGUCACUGUUCCAUCGGAGAGAAAGAUUCGCGACGGGUGCGAAGAUUCCUUUCCACGAACGUCCGAGGAUCUGCGUGCUGCGUACCUGAAAUCUAGCAUCAAGACUGAGAUGGAGCGGGAAUACGACUAUCCUCAUACCGAUGAAGCAAAAGCUUUCACGGAAGAGUUCAAGGAAAGUGUUACGCACGAUAAGCAUAAGAGCCUGCCAAAGAAGUCGCCUUUAACGGUCAGCUUUACAACCCAGAUCAAAAAUUGUGUUAUUCGUCAGUACCAGAUUAUCUGGGGUGACAAGGCUACGUUUAUCAUCAAGCAGGCCUCGACACUCGCCCAGGCUCUCAUUGCUGGCUCUCUGUUCUACAAUGCUCCCAACAACUCUGCUGGUCUUUUCGUCAAAUCCGGUGCUCUCUUCUUGGCUCUUCUGUUCAACUCUCUUCUUGCAAUGUCUGAAGUCACUGAUUCCUUCUCCGGUCGUCCUGUACUCGCAAAACACAAGCAAUUCGCCUUCUAUCACCCUGCCGCUUUUUGUCUCGCACAGAUCGCAGCGGAUAUACCUGUAUUACUCUUUCAAGUUUCUCACUUCUCACUCGUCCUAUACUUUAUGGUUGGGCUGAAGCAAGAUGCUGGCUCCUUUUUCACCUUCUGGAUCUUUGUUUUCGCCGCUGCGAUGGUCAUGACGGCUCUCUUUCGCGCGAUCGGUGCUGGCUUCGGUACUUUCGAUGAUGCCAGUAAGGUCUCUGGUUUCAUCAUUGCUGCUGCGAUCAUUUACACUGGUUAUAUGAUUCGAAAGCCUCAAAUGCAUCCUUGGUUUGUUUGGAUCUUCUGGAUCAAUCCGAUGGCGUACGGUUUCGAAGCAUUAAUGGCAAACGAGUUCCACAAUACCCUCAUUCCUUGUAUCGCCACGAACCUCGUCCCUAAUGGACCAGGAUACCUCGACUCUGCUUAUCAAGCUUGUACCGCUGUCGGUGGAGCACUUCCUGGCGCGACUGUGGUCACUGGAGAUCAAUACCUCUCAUCCCUUUCCUACUCCCACUCUCACUUGUGGCGCAACUUUGGAAUCCUCUGGGCCUGGUGGGUGUUGUAUGUCGGCAUGACUAUCUACUUCACCACCAACUGGAAAGAAUCAGCUGGUAAGACGAGCGCACUCUUGAUUCCAAGGGAAAAGGCGUCAAAGAACAAGAAGCAUCUCGCAAACGAUGAAGAAUCUCAGACCACCGGCGAAAAGGUGACUCCAAAGCCCAGCGACAAACCAGGGAGACAGUCUUCAUCCGAGACCUUGGCGACAAAGGAGCAAUUGAUCCGUAACACUUCUGUAUUUACCUGGAAAAACCUCACAUACACAGUCAAGACACCUUCUGGUGAUCGCGUUCUUCUCGAUAACGUCCAGGGAUGGGUAAAGCCUGGUCAACUCGGUGCUCUCAUGGGAUCUUCUGGCGCGGGUAAAACCACCCUCCUUGAUGUUCUCGCCCAGCGCAAGACAGACGGUACUAUCAAAGGAUCAAUUCUUGUCGAUGGUCGCCCUCUCAAUAUCAGUUUCCAAAGAUCUGCUGGUUAUUGUGAACAACUCGAUGUCCACGAGCCUCUUGCGACUGUUCGAGAAGCCCUUGAGUUCUCAGCACUCCUCCGUCAAUCCAGAGAGACACCUGAUGCCGAAAAGCUUCAGUACGUUGAUACCAUUGUUGAUCUUCUGGAACUACACGACAUUGAAAAUACUCUUAUCGGUACAGUCGGCGCUGGUCUUUCUGUCGAACAGCGCAAGCGCUUGACUAUCGGUGUGGAACUUGUCUCUAAGCCAAGUAUUCUGAUCUUCUUGGACGAACCUACCUCUGGUCUUGAUGGUCAAGCUGCCUUUAACAUCGUGAGAUUCUUACGAAAACUCGCAGAUGUCGGUCAAGCUGUCCUCGUUACUAUCCAUCAACCUUCUGCCCAACUUUUCCUUCAGUUCGAUACCCUUCUUCUUUUAGCUAAGGGAGGCAAAACUGUCUACUUUGGUGAUAUCGGCGAGAAUGCCUCGACUCUCAAUGAAUACUUUGCUCGUUACGAUGCAGCCUGUCCAAAAGAAUCCAACCCCGCCGAGCACAUGAUCGAUGUAGUUUCUGGAACACUAUCUCAAGGCAAAGAUUGGAAUAAGGUCUGGCUCGAGUCUCCGGAACACGAACAUACCAUCAAGGAGCUUGACAGCAUCAUCGAUGAAGCUGCAUCCAAGGAACCUGGCACUGUUGAUGAUGGCUUCGAAUUUGCAACACCAAUGUGGACACAGAUUAAGCUCGUCACUCGUCGCAUGAAUACUUCGAUUUGGCGAAACACAGAUUACAUCAAUAACAAGAACGCAUUACAUAUUGGUUCAGCCCUUUUCAACGGCUUUACAUUCUGGAACAUCGGCAACAGUGUCGGCGAUCUUCAACUCCGUCUCUUUACCGUCUUCAAUUUCAUUUUCGUCGCUCCUGGAGUUAUCGCCCAACUUCAACCCCUCUUCAUCGACCGCCGUGAUAUUUACGAGGCUCGUGAAAAGAAAUCGAAGAUGUACUCCUGGGUUGCUUUCGUAACAGGUCUUAUCGUCUCCGAGCUUCCUUACCUCUGCGUCUGCGCCGUCCUCUACUUCGUCUGCUGGUACUAUACUGUCGGUUUCUCCACCGAUUCUAACAAAGCCGGUGCCGUCUUCUUCGUCAUGCUCUGCUAUGAAUUUAUGUACACCGGUAUCGGUCAAUUCGUUGCCGCCUACGCACCUAACGCUGUCUUUGCGUCCCUCGUCAACCCUUUGCUCAUCGGUACUCUCGUCUCUUUCUGUGGUGUCCUUGUUCCUUAUGCCCAGAUCACUGCGUUCUGGCGCUACUGGCUCUAUUGGCUUGAUCCAUUCAAUUACCUCAUGGGUUCCCUCCUCGUCUUCACCACCUACGAUGAACCCGUCCGCUGCACCGAAAGCGAAUUCGCCAUCUUCAACCCUCCCAACAGCCAAACUUGCGGCGAAUACCUCACAGACUACAUGCAAGGCAUGGGUGCGCGAACCAACCUUACCAACCCAGAUGCCCUAGAAGGCUGCCGCGUAUGCCAAUACAGAACCGGUGCCGACUACCUUUCUACCCUGAACCUGCCAGAAUACUAUUACGGCUGGAGAGAUGCGGGUAUCGUCGUGCUCUUCGUGUUUAGCAGUUAUGCGAUGGUUUAUUUGCUCAUGAAAUUGAGGACUAAGAGGAGUAAGACUGCUGAGUAG